GACAGCUAGCUGUUCUUAGAAAAGGGCCGGUUCAGCACACAGAGGCGGCAACACGGGGAGGUCACGUAACAGUACGUCACGCGACCCCUCACGUGGCUGCAGUUGAAAGGAGGCUCUGGGAAGAUCAUGAACAUUUCUGGAAAAUUAGCAACGUUGCGUUUGCCUCCUUUGCCGACUAUCGGGGAAAUUAUCAAACUUUACAAUUUAAAGGCAGAAAAACAACUGUCUCAAAAUUUCCUGCUAGAUUUGAGGCUCACAGAUAAAAUUGUUAGAAAAGCAGGAAAUUUGAAAAAUGCCUAUGUCUGUGAGGUUGGCCCUGGACCAGGAGGGAUUACGAGGUCAAUUUUAAACGCUAGUGUUGAAGAACUACUUGUGAUAGAAAAAGAUACCAGGUUUAUACCUGGACUAAUGUUGUUAAAUGAAGCAUCCAUGGGAAAAGUGAGAAUUGUACAUGGUGAUAUUCUUACAUACAGAAUGGACAAAGCCUUUCCCGCUCAUUUGCAGAGGAAAUGGGAAGAUGAUCCGCCAAAUGUGCACAUCAUUGGAAAUCUACCCUUUAGUGUGUCUACGCCAUUGAUCAUUAAGUGGCUGGAGCACAUGGCAAACAGAAGUGGCCCUUUUUCGUAUGGCAGAACACAGAUGACUUUAACUUUUCAGAAGGAAGUUGCUCAGAGGUUAACUGCCAGCACUGGUGGAAAACAGCGGAGCAGACUGUCUGUGAUGUGCCAGUAUCUCUGCAACGUGAAAAACUGCUUUACAAUUCCUGGCUCUGCCUUUGUUCCAAAACCAGAGGUUGAUGUUGGUGUUGUACACUUUACGCCAUUAAUACAGCCACAAAUAGAACAGCCCUUCAAGCUGGUUGAGAAGGUAGUCCAAAGUGUCUUUCAGUUCAGACGGAAGUACUGCCACCAUGGAGUUGCAAUUCUUUUUCCAGAAAAACAAAGGUUAAAACUCACUGAACAAAUGCUGAUGUCAGCAGAUGUGGAUCCAACACUGCGGCCAGGUGGCCUGUCUAUGAAGCACUUUCAAAACUUGUGUAAUUCUUACAGAGAACUGUGCAAUCAGGAUCCCACUUUGUUUGCAUAUAACUUUAGAGAGGAACUGCGCUUGAAAAGGCUGCAGCGGGAAGCAAAUGGAAGAUGUCAGAAGUAAUAUUGCUUUGGAAACGUGGAUUAUUUUUGUGUGUGAAUUGGUUAUUAUAUAUUGGGUAUCUAAACAUUUUAUAAUAUGAUUACAAUAAAAAAAAUCUUUAUUUAAUGUGA